UUUAUUCAAGUAUCACUCAGAGUGCCAGGGGGAGCAGGAACUUUAAAGUGAUUUCUACCUUGUUCUUAUUUACUGUUAAUUUUACAGGCUUAAAUCUGAGUUCUGUAUAGUAAGGAACUGGAAAUAAAUUUCUCAGGUGGAAUACUGUAUUUAGGAGCACUUUACAAACUUGCAAGGAGUGUGCACUCUGAAGACAUGAGAAAAUACAUGCUGCUGCUUCUCUUUGGUUUGUGCUCUGCCAAGCCUUUCAUAAGCCCUUCAUACUUCAAGUUCAAGAACAUAAUGCUGAUGGAUAUGGAAGACCUGGAUAACGAAGAUGAUGAUGACAAGGAUGACGAUGAUGACAGGGAUGAUGACAAUUCACUUUUUCCAAAUGGGAAACCCUUAAUUCCCUUUGACUUAUUUCCAGUAUGUCCCUUUGGAUGUCAGUGCUACUCAAGGGUUGUGCACUGUUCUGAUUUGGGUUUGACCUCAAUACCAAAGAAUAUUCCAUUUGAUACACGUAUGAUAGAUCUUCAAAACAAUAAAAUAAAAGAGGUCAAGGAAAAUGAUCUCAGAGGACUCACAUCACUGUAUGCACUUGCUUUGAACAACAACAGAAUAACCAAGAUCCACCCCAAAGCUUUUCGAUCAACAAACAAGUUGCGGCGCCUCUACUUGUCACAUAACCAUUUAACACAAAUCCCAGAAAAUCUGCCAAAAAGUUUAGCUGAACUAAGAAUUCAUGAUAAUAAGGUUAAAAAGAUACACAAAGAAGCAUUUAAAGGAAUGAAAGCUUUACAUGUUUUAGAGAUGAGUGCAAAUCCCCUUGAUAAUGAAGGGAUAGAACCUGGAGCUUUUGAAGGCGUGACAGUCUAUCAUAUCAGAAUUGCAGAAGCUAAAUUAACCUCUAUUCCUAAAGGGCUGCCCUCCAGCCUACUGGAGCUUCACCUAGAUGACAACAAAAUUUCCUCAGUAGAGCUUGAAGACUUUAUUCGAUAUAAAAAUCUUCAAAGGUUGGGGCUGGGAAACAACAGAAUCAAAGAUAUAGAAAAUGGAACCUUUGCUAAUAUACCAAAUAUGCGAGAAAUACAUCUAGAAAAGAACAAACUGAAAAAAGUGCCUUCUGGUCUUCCAGAUCUAAAGUAUCUGCAGGUUGUUUUCCUUCAUUCUAAUAGUAUUUCAAAAGUGGGAGUAAAUGACUUUUGUCCAGCAGGAGGAAAGCUGAAAAAGACAUUAUACAGUGGAAUUAGCUUAUUCAAUAAUCCUGUGAAAUACUGGGAUAUCCAACCAGGAACAUUUCGCUGUAUAUUAAAUAGAAACAGUGUGCAAAUUGCAAAUUAUGGAAAAUAAGAUUGCACACCUAAAAUGUUACAACCAGAUUUAUAGUACUUGAAAUCUGUUGAAAAUGUACAGAUUAUACAGUCCAAUUGCUUUACAAAUACCUACAAUACAAUAAUUUCAGUUUGUAAAUUAGUAACAUAACAAACCACAAAAUUCCUUUGAUAUGUUCUUUUAAAUGUACAACUCAUAUAUAUUAAUCAAACAUUUGAAUAAAAGGCUUCCUGAAAACUUAACUGGAAACUAUCAUUUCCAAGCUACGUAUGUUAACUUUGCAUUUCUUUCUUACCAGAAAAUAAUGCAAAGAUUUAAAAGAUUUUUUCUGUUGAAACUAAUUAUUUGUGUAUUGUAUAAGUACAAAUACUAUAUAAGUAUUUAUCAGAUGUUAAGUGGAAGUUUAUGAACUUUUAAGUUAACAAAAGUAAAUUAAACUGGCUAAGAAGAAACUUUUAAAAGUACUGUAAUAUUAAUCUGAAGGUCUAAUAUGUCAAUACAGACUAGUUAAUAUUUAAAUAAUUGUAGUUACCUGAAAGCCAGGAUUAAGCCAUACACUUAAUAGCCUCAAAAUUUUUAGUAUUUAUUCAUGUAGUUUCCCCUUAAAAUUAUACACUCCUUUGGAAAAAGAAGUAUAUGUACACCAAAUAUUAACCACAUAUAAUUCCAAUAGGGUUUUUUGCAAGGGGGGGGUUCUCUGCAGAGCCAGUACAAAUAUACCAUAUACUGUAAAAUAAUUGUUACUCCAACUGACAGGUUGGGACACAAUGCAAGACCUUCCAUCACAGGGACCUCACAUUCUAUUUCAAGGGGGAAUAUUCUACACAUCUACAGGGAUUCUUAAUGUGUGCUACUUUCCCCUGCUCACAGAGGAAAAAGAAGAAGCCCCUGUAUGAACCAAGCAGUGUGUGUGUCUUGAAGCCACUGGAUUGUGGCCAUUGCAUGCUGAACUUGUAUAUGUAUUUUAUAUUACUGCCUGAGGACUGUAACCUGCAUAUAGUACAAAUUGUAUUUCAUCAUGGUUGAAUACCUAUAACAGUACUGUAUAAAAGUGGCUACCUUAAUUACCUA